AUACAUUGUCAAAUGUCAAGAAUUACUUGACAUUUUAAAUAACUCUUUUUUGCUUUUGAGAAAUCAGAUAUAUUUUCUCUAAGAAAAACUAAUAAAGCUUAAAUAUUAAUAAAAUGGCUGAUCCCGAAUUAGAUAAAAUAAGACAGCAACGUUUAGCACAGCUACAGGCUCAACAUGGGGGUGGAGAUCCUAAUCAAGCCAAGGCUCAAGAAGAACGAAUGCAGGCAAUGGAAGAAGCCAAACAUUCAAUUCUCGCCCAAGCUUUAAGUCAAGAUGCUCGAGCAAGAUUAAAUAUAAUCAAGUUAAGUAAACCAGAAAAAGCUGCAAUGGUGGAAAAUAUGAUCUGUAGAAUGGCACAAAUGGGACAAGUCAAUACAAAGAUAUCAGAGAAAGAACUGAUCCAACUGCUAGAGUCUUUGAACCAACAGAUGCCUAGAUCAAAUAGCACUGUAAAGUUUGAUAGAAGACGAGCAGCACUGGAUUCUGAUGAUGAUGAUUUGUAGUACUCAAUGAACACAAAACAUCAUUACACUUGUCCAACCAUACAAGAACUGAAAUAGAAAUACACUGAUACUAAUAUGAUGUGAGCAGUUACAGCUGAUUGGACCUUUUUAAGAAGUGAUACAAAAGCAAUAUUUAGACUAUAAAUUGCCUUUAAUGUCAAACUGUUAUUAAAAACAUACUUAAGAUUUGUGUUACGAGUGCCUUUCUUGAAAAUGAAAUAAACUGCAAUUUGAAUUUGA